AAUUAAUACUUGACACACUUGACAUUUGAGGGUCGGUCAGCAUGUGUAUCUUAAAUUUGAAAAUGUUUUUUAUAUAAAAAUUGAUUUUUUUGAAAUAGCAGUCUUUAGCAAAUGAUAAAAAAUGUCUACAAAUGAUUCUACGCAAGAUUUAGAAGUGCCUAUAGAUUACGAUGAUCGUGCACAUAGAAUAACUCCUUUACAGCAAGCCGCUGCCUCAUGUACAGGAGCAAUUAUUACAUCAUUAUUUGUUACACCAUUAGAUGUGGUUAAAAUCCGGUUGCAAGCCCAACAAAAAAUAUCACAAGGCCAAACGAAAUGCUUUUUGUACUGUAAUGGAUUAAUGGAUCACUUUUGUAGCUGCAGUCCUGAUGACCCCAAUAGUAGAUGGUUGCAGCGACCUAGUCAUUUCAAUGGUACAAUUGAUGCUUUUAUUAAAAUUAGUCGAAAUGAAGGAAUUUUAUCGUUAUGGAGUGGCCUCAGUCCAACUUUAGUAUUAGCAUUGCCGGCAACUAUAGUUUAUUUUGUAGUAUACGAACAAUUAAAGAAUCAUUUUAAAGAUAAAUAUAGAGAAAAAAUUAAAAACGUUAAUGUCUACCAAAUUCAAACGCCAUUAUGGAUACCUUUAGUUUCUGGAGGUGUGGCUAGGAUAAUAUCUGUAUCUCUAGUUAGCCCAUUGGAAUUAUUCCGUACUAAAAUGCAGUCUCAGAAACUGAGCUAUUUAGAAUUGAAUCAGGCUUUAAAAACCCUAGUGAAACAAGAUGGAUUGAUUGGUUUGUGGAGAGGAAUAUUUCCAACUUUAUAUAGGGAUGUUCCAUUUUCUGCUAUUUAUUGGAUGAAUUACGAAACAAUUAAAUCGGUUAUGGGUGUUACGGAUAGUAAACCUUCAUUUUGGGUCAGUUUUUGUGCUGGUGCUUUUGCCGGUACGGUUGCAGCAUCUGUAACUACCCCUUUCGAUGUCGUUAAAACACAUCAACAAAUCGAAUUUGGUGAAACAAAUUUGUACAACGCUGGUGAUAAAACGAAAAAGAAUCGUUCAACCAUCGACGUUAUACGUCAGAUAAAGGCCAAACAUGGUGUCAAAGGACUUUUCACAGGAUUAGCACCGAGACUUAUAAAAGUAGCACCUGCUUGUGCCAUAAUGAUAUCUACAUUUGAAUACGGAAAAGUUUUUUUCAAUAAAUUAGGUCACCAACAUGAUGAAGGGUCAAAUGUUACACAUACACCCAGUUAUGUUUCUAGCGACGAAAGGUAAAAUUAUAGGGAAAUAACUCAGUUCAGUAUAUAUGACAGAUGACUGAGAAAUUUGAGGUUAGACUCGUGGCUAAGACGGCGUAUUUUCAAUUCACUUUUUGAACUGAUAAUAUGGGUAAAUAUGUAAUUUUAUUACUACAUCACUGGUUAAAAAGGUGAUAUUUGGGGAUUGUGAUAAAAAUAAAUUAUUAUAAGGAUCCUUUAUUUCACGUUAUACAGAAAGACAUUUAUGUGUAAGGUAAAUAAAUAAAUGUAAUGAAAAUACAUAUUGUCUACAUUAAAAAAUAAUUUUAAUUAAUAUUGUUUUACGAUGAGUGAUAUAUAGAAUUUACUUACAUCUAUCGUCUCUUUUAGGACCGUUUCUGAAUGAAAAAAUCUAUUUUUAGACGUGCAUUUUGAUACAAAUUUAAGUUAGUUGAUUGUUGACAUUGACAUUUUAUUGAAUUCGAAACCAUCAUUCGAUUCUUAAGUAAUCGAAUUCUAUCGAUGUUCAAAAAAGGUUUUUUUCGCCAUAAAGUUAAUUCAAAAUUAUAAAAUAGUGGUUUUAAUUUUAAUAUUACAUAAAUUAGAAACAGUAUUCAAAAUGAAAUGAAAAAAUAAUCAAUUUUCAGAUUAGAUUAUAACCGAGUGAUUGAAAUGUCAAUAUGUAGUAAUCGUAGUGUGCUACCAAUAAAAAGGUAACUGUCAAAUAUGACUUAUAAAAAGUCAGUCAAAAGAUGGAGUAUAUUUGUUUUUCUGAAACGAACAUUGUAUAAGAUAUAAAUAAGAACAUUUUUUUUCACAUGAAAAACGAUCCUAAAAGUUUAUAAAUUUGAUUCAAAUUUUGUUAAUUUAUUAUUGAUAAUCAUAAAAAAAACGACGGAAGGCUUAACCAAUACAUAACAAAUCUUUUUAUAGAGAUUUGCAAAUUAACCAAUAAGAUAUGUUUGAAAUUAUAACCAUAUAGAAUUUUUGAAUCAAAUUUAUCUUAUUUAAAUACAAAUUUCUUAUAGCAAUGCUUUCAUAUCCGUAUUUGGAAGGAAGUAUGCCAAGAAAGCACAGCCUGAAACGUAAAAUACGGAUUUUGAAAAUAUAUUUUAUGCUCAAAUAGUGAAAAUAUAGGUUAAGUUCAAGUAUAAUAGUUCCAGUUAUCGAUUCCUCCCAUCUCUAACGAGUUAGUCGCGUCCGUCUAGAUAUUAAACAACCACGGUCACGAAAUAUAACAAAGCACAACGUUGCCAAAUGUUGUUGGUUUAUUUCAAUUUUAUGCGCUAUCCUAUCCAAACUAUUAUUUAAUAUUCAAAGCAUAUAAUAAACAUAUUUAUUAUAUUAAUAUUUUUAAUCAAGUUAUUAUUCAUGAGAGAGUUGAAAAAACUUUAUUCCUCAAAAAUUUUAUUUUAUAUUACAAUAAAAACCGUAUCCAAAGUGUGACCGGUUUAGGGUCAUAAUAAAAACAUGUUAGCUUAGCGUUUUCGAGGUCGUAGUAUCCAUUUAACCCUAAGUAAAUACCAUUUAGUGAAAUAGAAAAAAAGUUUUUAUGGAUCGGUGAAUUUAUUCUAAUAAAAUAUUUAAAAUAGUUUUGAAAAUUUUAUCUUUUUUUUAAUAAACAACAUAGAUCACAAAGCUUCGUAUUGGGCAAAUAAAUUUUACAUGAUCAUUGCUUUCAUCGGAGUCAAUUAGACAACGAUGCAUUUUAAGCAUAAUCCAUUGUCGAAUUAUGACCGUUGGUGUUUAAAGUAUUCGUCUGAGAUCAGUAUAACCUCCACAGACCACACAGUGUGAUCUGUGAUAACCUCAGUCGAGUAUAUAAUCUCAGUCGUAUGUGUCUGUCAGCGAAGUAUCUGUGUUAACGUCGUGUGAAAUAAAUUGUGUAUAAAUC